ACCCUGUAUACUAUCAGCUAGCUUGUAACACAAUUAAAGAAAUUAAUCGAUAUUUACAUUUAUUCACUUUACUGUGUUAUCGGAUGCAGGUUAAGCAGUAAACUGAAUCUGUUUACGGCGACGAGAAAGCAAAAUCGUUGGAUAUCCCAGAUCUUAGCUAAUAAAUACCAAGGAUCGAAUGCACGACACUUCAGUCGACUCGCAAACAAGGAAGGUACGAAAGUUGCAUAAUUGUAUUUUCAAAGUGUCAGUUGUAUCCUAAAUCUAGUCAAAAGUGAUAUUUUCCAAAUGUCGAUCACUUCCUCAUGGAUAAUAGACCUCGUUAUCCUGUUCGCGACGGUUUCCUUAGUCGCGUAUAAAUAUGCGACGAGAAAGUUCGAUUAUUGGAAGAAGAGGAACGUUUACCACUUGAAGCCGUUGCCGUUCAUCGGCAACUUCAAGGAUGUCAGUUUGUUCAAAGUGACGAUCGGUGAAUGGCUGAAGCAGAUGUAUGAUAGCACGGACGAGCCGUAUUUCGGGAUAUUUGUUUACGACGAGCCCCACCUGGUCAUCAAGGAUCCACAGUUGAUAAAGCAGAUAUUGGUGAAGGAUGCCAACAGUUUCCCAGACAGGACAAACGCAGCACCGCAACAUAAUGAAAUAAUAGCCAAUCUGCUAUUUUUCCAAAAAAGUCCAAAUUGGAAGGUUUACAGAUCGAAAAUAUCGCCAGCAUUCACCUCUGGUAAACUGAAGCUCAUGUUCCACAGUAUAAACGAGAUAAGCCAGAACUUGAAUCGCUAUAUCGAAAAGCACCUCGGCGAUAUCGAAGCCAAGGAAGUGUGUGCGAAAUUUUCAACUGAAGCUAUCGCCAGGUGUGCGUUUGGUCUAAAAGCUCACUGCUUCGAAGAUGAAAAUGCGGCGUUCAGAAAAGUUGGCAGAAGACUGUUCGAUUUCAGCUGGAGGAACGCCAUUAUACAAAGCGCUUACUUCUUCCGGCCGGACUGGGUGUCCUGGCUUCACCUUGAUUUUUUCGAUAAACAGGUGUCUGACUACAUGAUCGAAGUUUUUUCAAACGUGAUGAAACAGAGAGAAGACACAAAUACUAAAGGGAACGAUUUUCUGGAUAUGCUGAUUGAGCUGAAGAAAAAUCAGGAUCUCAAAGAAAAGUAUUCGUUUGAAGGAAACAAAGUAAUAGCCCAGGCAUUCCAAUUUUUCUUGGCUGGCUUUGAAACAACCAGUUCGUUGAUAUCAUUUACGUUGUACGAAUUGUGCAAGAAUCCUAAGUAUCAAAAUACCGUGAGAGAAGAAAUAAAGACCACUAUAGACAAAGAUGGAGGUAUCACCUACGAAAAUGUGAUGGGGAUGAAAUAUUUGGAUAUGUGUGUUCAAGAAUCUCUUCGAAUGUAUCCUGUGCUACCGUUCUUGGAUCGGCGAUGUAACGCAGAAUACAAAUUGCCAAACUCCGACUUAGUAGUAGAGAAAGGACUUCCAGUGUAUAUUCCUAUGUUUGGACUGCAUUUCGACGAGAAGUAUUUCCCAGACCCGCUUAAAUACAAACCAGAAAGAUUUGAAAAUGGCACAAACGUAUACAACAAGGACGGAAUUGUAUUCAUGCCUUUCGGUGAAGGACCCAGAAUUUGUAUAGGUGAACGUUUUGGACUAUUAGCUACGAAGUUAGCGCUGGUACGCAUACUGUCUGAAUUUGAGGUGGUGAGGAAUAUGAAAACGCCCGACGUCAUAGAUUUCACUCCUAAAAGCUUUAUACUACAAUCUAAAAUCGGCCUUCCGAUGAAGAUCAAGAAAAUUACAUCGACGCCUGCGUAAUUGUAUUUAUUCAAAGAAAUUACACAUUGUGUACGUUAUAUAAUCCCAUAAUUGUGAAAAACGGCGAUGAAAUACAUUUUAGUAUUAUGUUUAAAGGACUUUUGUUAUUUUCAGUGCCACUGUAGCAAUGUUGCUUAUAGUUUCUGCUUCCGAUGCCACGGAAUGAGGAUUCUCAACUAGCAAAGACAUGCUAUAAGUUUCUGUUAAGCUGUAAAAGUUGUUUUUCGCUAUUACGUUGAGCACGGUUCACAGAUUUUGAAAAUAUUCACAAUGUUGAGGAAGGAUCCACUCUCAUUAGAGUUAUAUUUGUUUAAAGGAAUUGUCCUGUAUUUUAUAUAUAUGUUCGUUUAUGGACUGGGGCGUUAAAAAGUGUUAUUAGGAAUUUUGUGUAAAAAAAUAGAGAUCUUUCGGUUUUGCUCUGAAGUAUUACUUUUCAAGAUGACAUAAAA